GAGGAAAUACGUCCUCAGUUUGAAGCCAAGUACUCCAAGAAGGAACGAAUGAACCCCAUAUCUGGGAAGCCAGAGCCUUAUCAAGCAUUUGCAGAUAAAUGCAGCAGACUCAUUGUUUCUGCAUCUGGAAUAUUUUUUAUGAUCUGUGUGGUGAUUGCUGCUGUUUUUGGCAUUGUUAUUUACCGUGUUGUGACUGUCAGCACUUUUGCUGCCUUUAAGUGGGCUUUAAUCAGGAAUAACUCUCAGGUUGCAACUACAGGGACUGCAGUGUGCAUCAACUUCUGCAUCAUCAUGCUACUGAACGUGCUGUAUGAAAAGGUUGCUCUUUUCCUGACAAAUUUAGAGCAGCCUCGUACAGAAUCUGAGUGGGAGAACAGCUUCACUCUGAAAAUGUUUCUCUUUCAGUUUGUCAAUCUGAACAGCUCUACCUUUUACAUAGCGUUCUUCCUUGGAAGAUUUACAGGACACCCUGGUGCCUACUUAAGGCUGAUAAACCGGUGGAGGCUGGAAGAGUGCCACCCUAGCGGAUGCCUUAUUGAUCUCUGCAUGCAAAUGGGUAUUAUAAUGGUGCUAAAGCAAACCUGGAAUAACUUCAUGGAACUAGGAUACCCGCUAAUUCAAAACUGGUGGACCAGGAGGAAACUACGGCAACAGUAUGGCACACAAAAGAAAACAACCUUCCCACAGUGGGAAAAGGACUACAAUCUGCAGCCUAUGAAUGCUUAUGGACUCUUUGAUGAAUACCUAGAAAUGAUUCUUCAGUUUGGGUUCACAACCAUUUUUGUGGCAGCUUUUCCACUGGCACCACUUCUGGCCUUACUUAACAAUAUUAUUGAAAUUCGGCUUGAUGCAUACAAAUUUGUUACCCAGUGGAGAAGACCUUUAGCUUCAAGAGCCAAAGAUAUAGGAAUCUGGUACGGGAUCCUAGAAGGCAUUGGAAUUCUUUCUGUUAUCACAAAUGCAUUUGUUAUAGCUGUGACAUCAGAUUUCAUCCCUCGCCUUGUUUAUGCUUACAAAUAUGGACCUUGUGCUGGCCAAGGAGAAGCUGGACAAAGGUGUAUGGUUGGCUAUGUUAAUGCCAGUUUAUCAGUAUUUCUGGUGUCUGACUUUGAAAACCGUUCAGAGCCAACGUCAAAUGGAAGUGAAUUCUCUGGUUCACCAUUAAAAUAUUGCAGGUACAGGGACUACCGAGACUCUCCUCACUCCCCAGUGCCCUAUGGUUACACACUGCAGUUCUGGCAUGUCUUAGCAGCGCGGUUGGCUUUCAUUAUUGUAUUUGAGCACCUUGUCUUUUGCAUAAAGCACCUGAUUUCCUACUUAAUCCCAGAUCUCCCAAAAGAUCUGAGAGAUCGGAUGAGGAGAGAAAAGUACCUGAUCCAGGAAAUGAUGUAUGAAGCUGAACUAGAACGUCUGCAGAAAGAGCGGAAAGAAAGGAAGAAGAAUAGAAAGUCUUAUCACAAUGAGUGGCCAUGA